ACUGCACGUGCCUCUGUAUAAUAUAGUAAACCGCAGAUAAAUAUCCGUCGACGUUCGAAUCCUCGAGCACACCAAAGAGUUUUCGACGAGUUCAGCAAUUUACCAACUACAAUCAUCUAUUGCAACAAGUCUUGUUACUUCAAGAUGAAGUUUUUGAUUGUGUUAUCGGUCGUCUUGGGUGUAAGUUACGCUCAAUUCCAUCAAGGCCCAAAACGCCAAAAUUUACAACAAAAUCAUCAACAAGAUCAAUAUCAAAAUGUUGACCAACAACAAAAUGACGAUCAACAAUACAAAGCACAACCAGCACCUGUAAACAACUACCAAUCACAAAAUAACUAUCAAGGCAAACACGAAUCAACCACAUUUAUCCCAAUUAUUCGUUUUGACAAAGAACAGGGAAAUGAUGGAAGUUACAAAGCUGCUUGGGAAACCGGAAAUAAUAUCCUCGCCCAAGAAGAAGGAUUCCUCAAGAGCUUAGGCCCCAAUCCCGAUGUAGAAGGUGAAGAGUUGAACGCUCAAGUGCAACAAGGUUCUUACACCUACACAUCGCCUGAGGGUCAAGUAAUUACUGUGCACUACACCGCUGACGAGAAAGGUUUCCACCCAACCGGUGACCACUUGCCAACCCCACCACCAGUGAGUCCCGAAGUCCAGAAAGGUCUUGAUCUCAUCUAUGCUGGUAUCCGUGCUCAGGCAGAAGCCGCUGCCAAGGAUCCACAAUUAAGAGCUCAACAACAACAGGAUUACACCGGUCAAUACAAUCAGAAUCAACACCAGCAGUAUCAAAACAACAACAACAAUCAGAACCAAAAUCAGAACCAAUACCGCCAAUAGAAACGUGGGAUGUUGUCAAUAAUGUCAAUAUAAUUAAAUAAUAUUAGUAUUUGGAAUCGAAUUGAAAGAACAACAUGAGAUGAGAUGAAAGAUGAUAACUACAAUAUUUACAACGUACCCUAUAUUCUUAUAUUGAUAUUUAUAGAACGGAAUGAUAAAGACAGUGAAGAAUGGAUUACGAUCAGCGGAUUUUGUUAUCUUUUGUGUUUUUAUUGUAUGUAAAUGUAAUGUUUGUUUGUAUUAUAUAGACUGAAGUUAUAAUAAUAACAUUUCAACCGAUUGAUGAUAACUUUAUGAAUAAAGUUGACAAAAUCGCAAAAUAAAUCAAAUAAGGAUUUAUA